AUGAAUUCUGAGUCAAGUGCCAUUAGCCAUUUUCUGGAGGCACUGAAAAUCCAACAUGGCAAAGAAGACUGGAAAGUCUGUUACAAUAAAUUAAGAGAGAUUGCAGCAAGGCAAACUGACUGGGAACCAAGCAACAGUAAAACCUUGGGUGUGCUGGGGUUAUCGUACCAGAUGGCUGGGGAGAAGACUUCAGGGGGCUUCACAAAACAGCUUUAUCUCAGUAAUGUUAUUGAAGUUCUCAGUCUUCUAGACAUUGAGUCUGAGUACUGGUGGCUGUCUGGGGAAAAGCACCACUUCUCUGUACCGAGAUCUGGAGCUAUGCUCAGGCAGCUGGCAAAAAAACGAAAGUCUGCAAUAGUGGGAGAGCUCAACGUCUGCAACACACCGGGAGAUUUAUUGAAAGAGAAGCUCGACCAGCUACAGUGUCACUUCACGUGGAGGCCACAGAAGGAAACUAUUGACUUUGAAGAUGUGAUGUACAGAUUGCAUGAUUCUAUCAAUAUGAAUUUGAAGUAUAAAGAUCAGUCCUACAAUCAACUUGCUUUUUUAAAUUGUCUGCAGGGCAAUUAUGAGGAAGCAAUUCAAAAUUUAAAGGAAGCUGAAAAAAUUCAGAGGGAGAUCCACAAAGAUGAAUAUGAAAGAAGAAGCAUCAUCACCUAUGGAAACUUUGCCUGGGUGCAUUACCACAUGGGACAACUGACCGAGGCCCAGUCCUAUCUCGACAAGCUGGAGAUGAUCUGUAAACCGCUCAGUGGUGGCCCUCGCUAUACAGCAAUGAUACCCGAGGUGUACGGGGAGAAGGGAUGGUCAUUGUUGGGUUCUGCUGCUGAAUACUAUGAGGAGGCAAAGGAAUGCUUUGCAAAGGCUCUGGAGCAAGACCCUGACAACACGGAGUGGAUAAUGGGAUAUGCAACUGCACUGUCUCGGCUGGAAGCAUUUUCUGGAACCCCAGAGAGUCGUGAUCAGAGUCAGUCAGUGGAGCAUUUCCGACGAGUACUGGAGCUUGAUCCAGAUGAUGCUGUGGCCAUGGUGCUGUUGGCUCUAAAACUGCAGAGGUUAGGGCAAAAUGAGGAAGCAAAUGAAUUAGUUGAACAAGCAUUGCAGAAGACAUCUGAUCUUCCAUAUGUGCUUCGCUAUGCUGCAAAAUAUUAUAGAAAAGGGGGUUUUGUCGAGAGGGCAAUUGAGCUCUUGAAGAAAGCACUGGAAUUAACUUCACACUCUUGUUUCUUACACCACCAACUUGGAUUGUGCUACAGAAAUAAGCUGAACUAUCCUCGCAAUCCUGAAUUUCAGCAGAACCUAGAAUUGAUCAAUCUAUGCAAGUAUCACUUUGAAAAAUCUGUUGAACACCGUCAAAGGUCAGCUAUUCCACCACAGCUGGACUUUGCACAGAUCUGCAUAAGAAGUGGGGAAUAUUCCAGAGCAGAGGAGAUUUACCGUAGAUUGGUUGAGUUAGUGGACAUUCGUCCAGAGAAUAUGCAGAACAUAUGUCUGAAAGCUGGGUUAUUUGAACUGCACCAGAAAAAAUCUGAAACAAAUGCUGUUCGCCUCUUCCUGAAAGGUGUGAAAAUUGAAUAUAAGUCAAGAGAACGGGAAAAAUGUCGCAUGAAUUUGGAGAAGUGGGCAGAUAGGAAACUUAUAGUUAAUGCAAAUGACAGCAAGGCUCUUGGUGUCAAAGCAUUUCUGUAUCAGCUGGAUGGAGACAUGGGUAGAGCAACUGAAUACUUUGAGAUGGCUUUGGAGUUUGAUCCUGGCAAUGAGGAUUAUGUGAGUGCUCUUUCUCAAUUACACAUCUGA